UGGGUUUGGCCGAGUUCAGGUAGAUUAAUCUAGAAUUCUAGAUCCAACCGCAAAUUUCUCUCUCUCUCUCUCUCUCUCUCUCUCUCUCUAAACUUCUCUGUUCAGAUUUGUUUCGUCUUUCAACGUUUUCUUCAUCAGUCGAUUCCAUCUUCGGAAUUCGUAUCAGCUGAGCACUUUUGUUUAAAGUAAAGGGAAUAUUUGCUUAUUUGUUUGGUCCCUUCAAUUCUAGUAGCCAAGUUUCAUGUCUGAGCUCGACAUCCAGAUCCCCACUGCCUUUGAUCCAUUCGCUGAGGCAAAUGCUGAGGACUCUGGUGCUGGGUCAAAGGAAUAUGUGCAUAUCCGUAUACAGCAACGCAAUGGUAGGAAAAGCCUAACAACUGUCCAGGGGUUGAAGAAGGAAUUCAGCUACAACAAGAUACUCAAGGACCUUAAGAAGGAGUUUUGCUGCAAUGGUACAGUUGUCCAAGACCCCGAGCUGGGCCAGGUUAUCCAACUUCAAGGUGAUCAGCGGAAGAACGUCUCCUCCUUCCUUGUUCAGGCUGGCAUUGUGAAGAAGGAACACAUAAAGAUUCAUGGUUUCUGAAUAACAAUACUGGCAGCAUAUUGAGGCGUGUGCUUUGCAACUGUUGCUGUUUCUAAGUGAUAAUAUUAAUUAUAUGGGGUUCUGGAUAUAAUAGCCCUAUUGCAUGUACUCUUUAUCUGUCUUUGUUUUUUUAAAACUGUUUUCUGGCUUUACUGUUGGCUUUGUCUUGAUGUUUGGUGGUCUCAUUUAAAGCUGCAUCCCGUGUAAUAUGUUGUGAGGAUUAUGGGUGGUUGUUACUCUUCUGCCUUCAUCUUUAUCCAAAAUAUUAUAUCAUUAGUUAUAUGGACAACCGGAAUAUGUUUCAGUGCUUA